AUGUCGCCUCGCGCCUCGACACAGGCUGCGCAAGCAACCGCAACCGCCGCUACCAGCCAAAACAACGACACCAAGAAGCAGAACGAGAAGAUCUUCCACCUCUUCCUAAAAAAACUCGCCAGCCCAAAUCCCCCCGUCUACACCGAGGCCUGCAGAAAGCUCGCCCAAUGGCUCAACGACGCGCGUGCGUACUACCCCGAGGCGCUGUCAUGGGGAUGGUUUGGGAUUGGUGCUGAUGUUGCGAAGAGGGCACAGAGGACGCUCAGCGAGCAGGCAGGGGUGACGGGCAAGAGCCCCUUCCAUAUCUCGCUAGCAGGAAGCAACCCCUUCGCGCCAGAAUAUAGAGACUUGGUCAACACCGUGGCCAAGUAUCGCGCGCAGUUUGUAAACACAGAGUUCUUGGAGCAUCUUGACCUAUUUUGCAGGAGCGUAGAUGACAGAUUCGCAGUCAAGUCGUCAAAAUCAACACCCCCCACCCCCCACACAGAUGCACUCGCCGCGCCACCGAACGCGGUGAUGGCCCAACCUCCGAGGACUCAGCCCAUCUCCACCAAACUUGCCCCCCCUGCGACCAACCCAACGACCGUCACCGUCACCGCCUCCACCUCCACAACCGUCCCCGCAGCUAACCCCUUACCAAAAUCAACUUCAGCUCAAGCAGCCGGGAGAGGGGCAGGAGUGGGAGGGGCAGGUGAAGGUGAAGCAAGAGCAGGCGAAGCGGGAGCAGGGGAGGGAUUUGUGCGAGGUGCGCCGUUAAUUACUGCGAAACACAUACCAAAAUCCCCGCCUAAAGCAGCGCGUCCGGAUAAUCCAGAUCCUUUAGCUCCCUCUGCUACGUCCUCGACAUUGACAUCGAAAACCAACCCAACGUUAAAUGCCGUACAAACAUCAAUGACACCAAUACCGACGCCCGUUUCCCGACCAACAUCCAACACUCCCAACCCCACGCCAACCCUGACGUCGAAACCAGCCACCAGGCUGUCGACUUCGACACCGCACUCGAACACACCGUCACCCAACCCAAACACACCGACACCGACACCGACUACCCUAGCGCCCAAGGCAGGCGGCGUGAAGCUGCGGCGUAGGAACAUGCCGCGGGCGGACAUCCUGGAUGCGGAUGAUGAGGACGCGCGGCGGCGGCUGGAGGCGGCGAAGCUGCCGGGGAUUACGGUGGAUCGGCGAGCUGGGUUGAAGAAACGUGGGUCUGGGUCUGGGAGUGGGAGUGGGCGAGGUGGUGGCGGAGGAGGUGGGAGUGGGAGCACGGCGAAGUCCCCUUCUAUACCUGUACCAGCCUCCGCCACUCACACAGGAGCGGCUGGUGGUGCUGGUGUUAACGAGCGAACGCCUGAGGCUGCGAGGGUGAAGGCUGAAGUUGCGGAUGAGCGGACGCCUGCGCUUUCUGUUUCGCAAGGACCGGGAUCAGAGUCUGGGUCGCGCGAGGCGACAAGCCCUUUGCAAGGUCAAGUGGCGCCUCCGGUUCCACUCAAGAGCGAGCCAGCGCCGUCUGCUCUGGUACAGCCCGAUGGUCACAGUGCUAUACCUCUGGAGAGCCGAUCGCCGCACCCUGCACCUGGAGUAGAGGCUAUGCUUGCCGACGGUGAGGGGGAGGUAACACAAUCGGCCCCGCCUCAACGUGUUGCGAGUCAGAGAGCGGAGCCUGCACCACAGGGAGAAGAACCACGCGAGUCGACUUCGGCCCCGCCCGAACGUGCUGCUGGCGAAAGCGUCGAGACUGUUCCUAAUUUGCAGAUGGAAGAGCAACCCGAACCGACAGAGAAUAAAGUCGUCGCGGCCGACCCUGAGGUGCAAGCUUCUGACGAACCCGUUGUGUCAGAAGCACUUGAGGAACCGCGACCAGCAUCUAAUACCGAAGUCGAAGCCGAGGCCAAAGCUAACGACGAACCCGUGGGGGCGGUCGAAACCCCCAAGGUUGCUGAAGAUGAGGGGUUGAAGUCGCCAUUGUCCUUGUCCACGACAGAGAGCCGGGGGUCGACGUCGACGCCUUUUGCACUGCGAUUCCAACUGUCCCAGGCGGUCUUCACGAGCCCUUCUAGUAUCUCGGGUUCCCCUGAACGCGGACCAUCGAUCGUACACGAGAAUACUCCACUCCCACUCGCUACCGUUGUACCUCUUACCGAUCCUACCCCUGCUGCCGACGCUGUGUAUUCAGAAAUCCCUUCAGAGAUACCACAUGUCUCCGCGCAUGGGACGCCUCAGCCUCAGGCAGAACCUGCUGCGGCUCCCACCGAAGAACGGAGAUCGCAGUCCGUUGCGUCUGAGAGGCAUGCCAGCCUUCCGAUGUCGCCGAGGUUCCUGGAGGCGCAAAUGGAGGUUGUUGCCGACGGGCCGUCUUUAUCUACAUCCCCCAGCCAAAUACAGCAACCACGGAGGUCGCUAUCUGCGUCUGCGUCUGCGCCUGAGACUGCAUCGCAUGAUGGUCUCCCGAUGUCGCUGAGGUUCCUCGAGUCGCAGAUGCAUGUAGUCGGUGACGGGGAUGUGGAUGUGGAGGAGGGUGAGGGCGCGAAGCCAGUGGUUGCGACUGAGACUAUUUCUGUGGACCCGCCGUUGCAGCCGAAGAAUGAUGACCUCUCUGAGGAGGCGCCAGUCCGUUCGUACGCUCCCGAUGUACACGAGGAUCCCGAUAUUGCUGGCACUGUUGCCGCGCCUCUCGAUCCCGACGUCCCCAACGUUGCGAGCUACGGCCUACCAGUAUCGACGGACGACAUAACCAACGUCUCUGAAGGUGAUGGUGCCGAACAGGCGCUGGUAUCGAGUUCUCAGGAAGAUGCUGGAAAUACUGAGGCAGUCAAAGAGGAGGUUUCUCCGCAAGAACAGCCGCAACAGGAUGAUGGGGUCCCCAUGGAUGUGGAUUUCCCAGAGGCUAUGGGUGGAUCUGCCAGCGAACCUGUGAAAGACGACCUUCCUGAGCCGGAGCAGUCAAUGGACGUUGACGCCGAUGAAGGUGGAGGUGAAAGCGGAGGUGAAGGUGACGCCGGUGAAAGUAUAGUUCCACCAACGCUUGAGGACGGCGAGGAGCUUGAGGCUGAUGGUGGCACUUUGGACGCGCCGGUGAUCACGCCUGCUCCUUUGGAGCCUGCCAUUGAGGAGAAGGAAGAGGGGGAGGUUCGAGUCAGCCCAUGCCCUGUCGACGUACUUACAUAUUCUUCAACGCCCCUCGAUCCCAAUAACGAAGACGAAGAAGACACAGACAACGUCACCCGUGGAUCUCCCUCGGAGAGUACCUAUGAAAAAGCCCGCUCGACUCCGGACACAGCGCAAGAGGUGCAGCCCGAGCAUGUAGACGAGGAUCAGGCUCGAGAUAUCCCUGAAGAACCGGUGAACGUUCAGCACGUCCAGGAUGGAACUUCUACCUCGACGUCUGCGUCUGCGUCUUUCGUAAAUGCAAGCGAAUCAUCUUCAGUGUCAGCUAAGGAACCUCUCUCCGAUCACUCUCACGAUGACCAGGGCUCGUCUGUCAAUGAAACCAAUGAAGCUGAGCAAGCUAGCCAAGCUUCAACUUCAGUCAAUUGCAAGCUCUCUGAGCAGUCUCGCGACGACCCAGGCACGUCUGUCAAUACAAAUGAUACCGACCAUACUAGCCCGCCUCCUUCAGUCGCAUCUGCGGGAGGUCUCUCCGAGCAAUUUCGCGAUGACCAGGCCACGUCUGCCAAAGAGAACGACCAUAUUAGUCAGUCCUCGUCAGCUUCAACCAAUGACGACCCCUCCGCUCAGUUUCCCCGCGGCUCGGGAACAUCGGUCGAUGGCGGUAUCCCCCUGGCUGCGGAACAUGAUAGUAACGUGUGUGAUGAUGCUGGUCUACCCGGACGUCAAGAAUCACCAUUAGAAUCGAAUGGAAAAAAGCCGCACAUCGUGGAUGUGGCUGGCCAGGAUGGUAAAGAUGAAAGCGGAGACGCUGUGGACGUCAGGACGUCAGCCGAGGCCCCCUUUGCCUCAAUUGACGGGGGUGCCGAUGCCUCUGUGUCAGGUGUCUCAUAUUCAGACAAAGCGGGGUUGGACCAGUCAAUUUCAAUAGAGACAGACCUACAUCAAGUUAAUAACAACGUUCCUUCUGAUAACCCCAAUUUCAGCUCCACCCCCAACCCCGUUGCAGACAUGGAUACUACGAGCGACGCGCCCACGCAAGCUGUAGAUGUGCCGAUCAACGAUCCUGUUCCGGUCUCUGAUGACCGCGUUGUCCAACCUAUGUUCCGUCCCGGCGUGACAAUCCUCGGUAUACUUACAGGAAAUGAGGAGAACGCCAAAGCGACCUCGCGUUUUGUUCUACAAAACGAGAUAGAGGCAUUACUAGCACAAUGGAGGCGCCGCUAUAAGACCCAGGUGGAUAUGACGAAUGCCGCGUCGGUAUCUCUGGCGUGUUACCGUUCUAAGGACAUGGCGGAGACUUUGAGUGUGGUUGGAACGUCGCCUGACGCUGCCUCGGAAUUCGUCAAUAGUUGCCCGCAGACAUGGCCGACGGACGGAAGUUUAUCGGUCGGGAUGUUUUAUGACGGGAAGAGGCAGUUUAUACCACUAGCUCCUCCCCUUCUACCCACUCAUGACCGAUUCCUGGACGUUAGCCAAUUCGUUCAUGAAGGCGACAACACGUUCGAAUUAGAGUUUGGGCCAUCUGCAAAAAUCUACACCUGCAUCUUGUUCGCCCAUCACCCAACACAAACCCAACUUGCAGACGUUGCACUGAGACGAAAGAGUAAAGUACUAUGGGCUCAACAACUUUCUUCUUGCUUUCGCCCUCUUGAGAUACCCGCAUUCGUAUUUUAA